AUGUGUCAACAAGAAUCUAAAGCUACUAAUAAUACUUUAGCACAAGUAGUGAUGGCACCUGGAGAAUGGAAAAGUGAAAGCCCGUCGGAAGAAUGGAAAAUAGCCCAAAGAAAAAGGUUAAGAAAUAGAAUAAUUGGAAAAAAAGGUGUUGCUGCUACAGAACCAGAAGGCAAAUUCAGGGCGGCUGACAUAAAAAUACCGCUCUUUAUUUACAAUGUCGACAAGUCUACGACUGACAACGACAUCAUCGCACAUGUGUACAAUAAGUCUCAAAUGAAUAUUUCGCUGCAGAAACUGGCAUUAAAACACGAUAGGGGAUACAAUGCAUACAAAGUAUUUGUGCCAAAAUCUAAACUAGACUUAUUCCUAAAUGAAAACUUUUGGCCAGAGGGAGUACUGUUUAGGGCGUUUUGUGGACUUCACAAAACCCAAAAUGAAAAAUAUGGCAAACCAAAACAACCAGUGAUGGGUAGUACACCAAUAAACAAGAACUAUAAUUUCGUGAGUUUCAACUGCAAGGGUUUGUCUGGAGCUAUGGGAUGCCUAAGAGACUCAUGUAAGUCUGCUGACAUCAUCGCACUGCAAGAGACUUGGCUACUGCAACACGACAUUCCGCUGCUGGGAGCAAUUGACACGGAGUUCGCGUAUACAGGUAACACAGCUGUGGACCUGUCGGCGGGGAUUCUACGUGGUCGGCCCUAUGGUGGAGUGGCGCUUCUAUGGCGGGACGUCACGUCACGGGCUGGAAUAAGCAUGUUCGACAGGCACAGCAAAAGGCUAGAAUAUGUUUUCGGGAGUGGUGUUUGUAUGCAC